CUGGCAACCGCGAAGCCCAAAAGGGCGGCGGGCUGCGGGCGGCGUGCUCGGAGCUGCGGUUGUCUGGUGGCGGUCCCCGGGACCCGCGUGUUCGCGCGUCGUGGCCGCCUCCAUGGCGGGAGGAGCCCGGGACGUGCGGAAGGUCUUCCUCUUCACCACCACCCAGAAUUACUUCGGACUGCUGUCGGAGCCCUGGGACCAGCAGCUGACCUACUGCUGCCCCGAAGUCAACAACUUUCUGGAUGACGGCAACCAGAUGCUCCUCAGGGUGCAGCGCUCGGACGCCGGCGUCGUCUUUUCCAACUCGAUUGAUUUUGCUGACACAAAAGAUAAAGUGCUGGUGUUUUUCAAGCUGCGACCUGAAGUAAUUACUGAUCAGAAUCUACAUAGUAACAUUCUUGUUUCAUCUAUGUUGGAAUCACCUAUAAAUUCUCUUUACCACGCUGUGCGGCAAGUAUUUGCACCAAUGUUGUUAAAGGAUCAGGAAUGGAGCAGACACUUUGAUCCCAAACUUCAGAAUCUUUUGAGCGAACUAGAAGCUGGGUUGGGUGUAGUUCUACGAAGAUCAGACACUAACUUAUCAAAAUUGAAAUUUAAGGAAGAUGACACACAAGGUAUUCUUACACCAAGUGAUGAGUUCCAGUUUUGGGUGGAGCAAGCUCAUCGUGGAAAUAAACAAAUUAGCAGAGAGAGAGCCGGUUAUUUUAAAGAACUGUUUGAAACAAUCGCGAGAGACUUUUAUAACUUGGACAGUCUAUCCUUACUAGAAGUGGUAGACUUGGUGGAGGCCACCCGGGAUGUUGUAGAUGAUGUGUGGAGACAAACAGAACAUGAUCAUUUCCCCGAGUCACGGAUGUUACAUCUCUUAGACAUCAUAGGUGGUUCAUUUGGAAGAUUUGUUCAGAAGAAGUUGGGAACUUUGAAUCUGUGGGAAGAUCCUUACUAUCUUGUGAAAGACCAUCUCAGAGCGGGUAUUUCCAUUUGUGAGCAGUGGGUGAUCGCCUGUAACCACCUCACGGGUCAGGUGUGGCAGCGCUAUGUUCCGCAUCCAUGGAAAGGGGAGAAAUACUUCCCUGUAACCCUGGACAAACUGGGCAAACGGCUGGAAGAGGUCUUGGCUGUAAGAACAAUUCAUGAGAAGCUUCUUUAUUUUUUACCUGCCAGUGAAGAGAAAAUUGUAUGCCUGAGUCGAGUGUUUGAACCCUUUACUGGCCUGAAUCCUGUGCAAUAUAAUCCGUAUACUGAGCCUUUGUGGAAAGCAGCAGUGUCUCAGUAUGAAAAAAUUAUUGCACCUGCAGAACAGAAAAUAGCAGGAAAAUUGAAAAAUUAUAUUUCAGAAAUUCAGGACAGUCCACAGCAGCUUCUUCAGGCAUUUCUGAAAUAUAAAGAGUUGGUGAAGCGUCCAACUAUAAGUAAAGAAUUGAUGUUAGAAAGAGAAACUUUGCUGGCAAGAAUUGUGGACUCAAUAAAAGAUUUUCGAUCGGACUUUGAGAAUCGAUGCCGAGGAGUUCCUGGUGAAGCAUCUGGACCACUUUCUGGCAAAAACCUGUCGGAAGUUGUUAAUAAUAUAGUUUGGGUUCGCCAGUUGGAACUGAAGGUGGAUGAUACUCUCAAGAUUGCGGAGGCUCUUUUAUCUGACUUGUCAGGAUUUCGAUCUUUCCAUCGAGCUGCUGAAGAUCUGUUAGACCAGUUUAAACUGUAUGAACAAGAGCAAUUUGACGAUUGGUCCAGGGAUAUUCAGUCUGGUUUGUCUGAUUCCAGAUCUGGUUUGUGCAUCGAGGCUAAUAGUCGAAUUAUGGAAUUGGAUCCUAGUGAUGGCUCAUUAAAGGUGCAUUAUUCAGAUCGGUUGGUGAUUCUUCUGAGAGAAGUUCGUCAGCUUUCUGCACUUGGCUUUGUUAUUCCUGCCAAGAUACAGCAAGUUGCAAACAUUGCACAGAAAUUCUGCAAGCAAGCAAUUAUUCUUAAACAAGUGGCCCAUUUUUACAAUUCCAUCGAUCAACAAAUGAUUCAAAGUCAGAGACCAAUGAUGUUACAAUCUGCAUUAGCAUUUGAACAGAUAAUUAAGAAUUCAAAAGCAGGAAGUGGCGGAAAGUCACAGAUUACUUGGGAUAAUCCUGAAGAGUUAGAAGGCUAUAUCCAAAAACUCCAAAAUGCUGCCCAACGACUUGCCACUGAAAAUAGAAAACUGAGAAAAUGGCACACUAUAUUUUCUGAAAAGGUCGUGGUUCUUAUGAAUAUUGACCUGCUUCGGCAGCAGCAGCGCUGGAAAGACGGAUUGCAGGAGCUGAGGACUGGCCUCGCCAGUGUCGAAGCACAGGGGUUCCAGGCCAGUGACAUGCGGGCGUGGAAACGGCACUGGAAUCACCAGCUCUAUAAAGCUCUCGAACACCAGUAUCAGAUGGGCUUGGAAGCGCUAAAUGAGAACCUGCCGGAAAUAAACAUAGACCUAAUAUACAAACAAGGACGGUUACAGUUCAGGCCUCCUUUUGAAGAAAUCCGGGCUAAGUAUUAUAGAGAAAUGAAGAGGUUCAUCGGCAUUCCGAAUCAGUUUAAGGGAGUGGGUGAGCCCGGAGAUGAGUCUAUUUUUUCUGCUAUGAUUGAUAGAAAUGCAAGUGGAUUUUUGACUAUUUUCAGCAAAGCAGAAGAUCUGUUUAGGAGAUUAUCUGCUGUCUUACACCAACAUAAGGAAUGGAUCGUAAUUGGGCAAGUUGAUAUGGAAGCUCUAGUGGAAAAGCAUCUCUCUACCGUCCAUGACUGGGAGAGAAAUUUCAAAGCACUGAAGAUAAAAGGAAAAGAAGUAGAGCGACUUCCAAGUGCAGUCAAGGUAGAUUGUUUAAAUAUUAAUUGUAACCCCGUGAAAACUGUGAUUGAUGAUCUCAUCCAGAAGUUAUUUGAUGCGCUUGUUCUUUCUUUGAAGAAGUCCAUCCAGGCUCGCUUACAUGAAAUUGAUACAUUUGUAACUGAGGCUACUGACGUCUUAACAGUUAUGCCUCAGUCUGUGGAAGAGAUUGGUGAUGCAAAUUUGCAGUACAGUAGGCUACAGCAGCAGAAACCAGAGAUUUUGCCCUUAUUCCAAGAAGCUGAAGAUAAAAAUAGACUUUUACGAACUGUGGCUGGUAGAGGUUUGGAAACAAUUAGCAAUCUGAAGGCUAAGUGGGAUAAAUUUGAGUUGAUGAUGGAAAGUCACCAACUUAUGAUUAGAGAUCAGAUUGAAGUGAUGAAAGGGAAUGUCCAGUUGCGUCUUCAGAUCUAUUACCAAGAAUUGGAAAAAUUUAAAGCUCGUUGGGAUCAACUGAAGCCUGGUGAUGAUAUUAUUGAAACUGGCCUGCAAAGUACUCUUGAUAAAAGUGCCAAGUCCAUAAAAGAGAAAAAAAUUGAGUUUGAUGAUCUUGAAGUCACAAGGAAAAAGCUGGUUGAGGAUUGCCAUCAUUUUGGGUUAGAAGAGCCCAGCUUGUCUUUGGCAGAUAGCAUCUCUAAGGACAUUGAGAGCUGUGCACAAAUUUGGGCCCUUUAUGAAGAGUUUCAGCAGAGACUUGAGGAAAUGGCCAAUGAAGAUUGGAUUACUUUCCGGACUAAGACAUAUCUGUUUGAAGAAUUUUUGUUGAAUUGGCACGACAGAUUAAGGAAAGUUGAAGAACAUUCAGUUAUGACGGUGAAAUUACAAUCGGAAGUUGACAAAUACAAAACUGUAAUUCCUGUCUUGAAAUACGUCAGAGGGGAGCAUCUUUCUCCAGAUCACUGGCUUGACCUUUUUCGUCUACUUGGCCUUCCUCGGGGGACUAGCCUGGAAAAAUUAAUGUUUGGUGACCUCCUUAGAGUAGCUGAUACAAUUGUUGCCAGAGCUUCAGACCUUAAAGAUCUAAAUAGUCGGGCACAAGGUGAAGUUACCAUCAGAGAAGCUUUACGUGAACUCGAUCUUUGGGCAGUUGGAGCAGUAUUUACAUUGACUGAUUAUGAAGACAGCCAGAGUCGAACUAUCAAGCUGAUUAAAGACUGGAAAGACAUCGUAAAUCAAGUUGGAGAUAAUAGAUGCCUUCUUCAAUCCUUAAGGGAUUCUCCUUAUUAUAAGGGAUUUGAAGAUAAAGUGUCCAUUUGGGAAAGGAAACUUGCAGAAUUAGAUGAAUACCUACAGAAUUUAAACCAUAUUCAGAGGAAGUGGGUGUAUUUGGAACCCAUAUUUGGCCGUGGAGCCUUGCCAAAGGAGCAGACACGCUUCAGCAGGGUUGACGAAGAUUUUAGAUCAAUAAUGACUGACAUCAAGAAAGACAAUAGAGUCACAACGUUAACUACUCACGCAGGAAUCAGAAAUUUGCUGCUAACGAUACUUGAUCAGCUUCAAAGAUGUCAGAAAUCAUUAAAUGAAUUUUUGGAGGAAAAACGUUCAGCAUUUCCAAGGUUUUAUUUCAUCGGUGACGAUGACCUGUUGGAGAUACUGGGCCAGUCUACUACCCCGUCAGUGAUUCAGUCUCACCUCAGAAAGCUGUUCGCCGGUAUUAACAGUGUGUGCUUUGAUGAAGAAUCAAAACAUAUAACUGCAAUGAAAUCUUUAGAGGGGGAAGUUGUACCUUUUAAAAACAAAGUUCUGAUAUCAAAUAAUGUAGAGACCUGGUUAAGUGAUUUAGCCUUGGAAAUGAAGCAGACCUUGAAACAGUUGUUGGUUGAAUGUGUCACUGCUGGACGAAGUUCUCAGGGUGCAGUUGACCCAUCGUUGUUCCCUUCACAGAUACUCUGUUUGGCAGAGCAGAUUAAGUUCACUGAAGAUGUAGAAAAUGCUAUCCAAGAUCAUAGUCUUCAUCAGAUUGAAACCCAGCUGGUGACUAAAUUAGAGCACUAUACUAGCAUCGAUACAAGUUCUGAGGAUCCAGGGAACACUGAAACUGGCAUUCUGGAGCUUAAACUUAAAGCACUCAUUCUUGAUAUCAUUCAUAACAUUGAUGUGAUAAAGCAGUUAAUCCAAGUUCAAGUUCAUACAACUGAAGACUGGACCUGGAAAAAACAAGUCAGAUUUUACAUGAAAAGUGAUCACAUUUGUUAUGUUCAGAUGGUGGAUUCUGAACUUCAGUAUACUUAUGAGUACCAGGGCAACGCUCCCAAGCUAGUUUACACGCCGCUGACGGACAAGUGCUACCUGACUCUGACGCAGGCCGUGAAGAUGGGCCUGGGCGGAAACCCGUACGGGCCGGCGGGGACCGGGAAGACUGAGUCGGUGAAGGCCUUGGGUGGACUGCUCGGGAGACAAGUGUUGGUUUUUAAUUGUGACGAGGGCAUCGACGUGAAGUCAAUGGGACGGAUUUUUGUUGGUUUGGUGAAGUGCGGGGCUUGGGGUUGCUUUGAUGAGUUCAACAGACUGGAAGAGUCCGUGCUGUCGGCGGUGUCCACGCAAAUCCAGAUGAUCCAGGAUGCUCUGAAGAAUCACAGCGCUGCGUGCGAGCUGCUCGGCAGGGAGGUAGAAAUCAAUUCGAAUUCUGGGAUUUUUAUCACCAUGAAUCCUGCUGGAAAAGGUUACGGAGGAAGACAGAAGCUGCCGGACAAUCUGAAGCAGCUUUUCCGGCCGGUAGCCAUGUCCCGCCCAGACAACGAGUUGAUCGCAGAGGUCAUUCUCUAUUCCGAGGGCUUCAAAGAGGCCAAAGUCCUGGGCAGAAAAUUGGUAGCUGUCUUCAAUCUAUCGAGGGAACUUUUGACGCCCCAGCAGCAUUAUGACUGGGGUUUGAGAGCCUUGAAGACAGUCCUUCGAGGAAGCGGAGGUCUUCUUAGACAGCUGCGGAGAGCUGGCGGUAAACACAACGUUGAUGAAAGUCAUAUUGUGGUACAAGCAUUGAGGCUUAAUACGAUGUCAAAGUUUACAUUUGCUGAUUGCACACGGUUUGAUGCACUGAUUAAAGAUGUGUUUCCUGGGAUUGACUUUAAAGAAGUAGAAUAUGAUGAGCUGAGUUCUGCAUUACGGCAUGUCUUUGAGGAGGCCAAUUAUGAAAUCAUACCAAAUCAGAUCAAGAAGGCUUUGGAAUUGUAUGAGCAGUUACGCCAGAGGAUGGGAGUGGUCAUUGUUGGUCCAAGUGGCGCUGGAAAAUCAACUCUCUGGAGGAUGUUAAGGGCAGCACUUUGUAAAAUUGGCAGAGUGGUGAGACAGUACACCAUGAACCCCAAAGCCAUGCCCAGACAUCACUUGUUAGGCUACAUUGACAUGGACACGCGGGAAUGGUCUGAUGGUGUUUUGACAAACAGUGCUCGCCAAGUCGUUCGAGAACCUCAAGAUGUCAGCUCCUGGAUAAUAUGUGAUGGUGAUAUUGACCCUGAAUGGAUAGAAUCUCUGAAUUCUGUUCUGGAUGACAAUCGACUACUCACUAUGCCCAGCGGAGAAAGGAUUCAGUUCGGCCCAAAUGUUAACUUUGUGUUUGAAACUCAUGAUUUAAGUUGUGCCUCUCCAGCCACAAUAUCUAGAAUGGGAAUGAUCUUUCUUAGCGAUGAAGAGACAGAUCUUAAUUCUCUGAUAAAAUCUUGGUUGAAGAAUCAGCCUGAUAGUUAUAGGAAUAAUCUUGAAAACUGGAUUGGAGAUUACUUUGAAAAGGCUUUACAGUGGGUUCUGAAGCAGAAUGACUAUGUGGUGGAAACCAGUUUGGUUGGGACUGUGAUGAAUGGUUUAUCACAUCUGUGUGGAUGCGAAAAUCAUGACCAAUUUGUUAUUAAUCUCAUACGGGGGCUUGGUGCAAAUCUGAACAUGAAAUCCCGCCUGGAAUUCACCAAAGAGGUUUUUAACUGGGCCCGAGAGUCUCCUCCAGACCCUCACAGACCGAUGGACGCCUACUAUGACUUGAGCCGAGGGCGACUAGCAUCUUACGUGCUGAAGAAGCCGGACAACCUGACUGCCGAGGAGUUCAGCAGCGGCCAAAGCCUCCCCGUCAUUCAGAUCCCUGACAUGCAGCGGGGCCUGGAUUACUUCAGACCUUGGUUACAUUCUGAUACUAAACAGCCAUUUAUUCUGGUCGGACCAGAAGGAUGUGGCAAAGGGACGCUGCUGAGGUAUGCCUUUUCGCAGCUGCGGUCCACGCAGGUGGCCACAGUUCACUGCAGUGCGCAGACUGCACCCCGCCACCUGCUGCAGAAGCUGAGCCAGACCUGCCUGGUGAUCAGCACCAACACUGGCCGCGUGUACAGGCCCAAGGACUGCGAGAGACUUGUUUUGUACUUGAAAGAUAUCAACCUCCCCAAGCUGGACAAAUGGGGCACCAGCACUCUGGUUGCUUUCCUUCAGCAGGUAUUGACCUAUCAAGGAUUUUAUGAUGAAAAUUUGGAAUGGGUUGGUUUAGAAAAUAUUCAAAUUGUGGCUUCUAUGUCGGCUGGAGGAAGACUGGGGAGACACAAGCUUACCACCCGCUUUACUUCCAUUGUCCGUCUCUGUGCUGUGGAUUACCCAGAAAGAGAGCAAUUACAGACAAUUUAUGGAGCAUAUUUGGAACCAGUUCUACAUAAAAAUCUGAAGAAUCAUUCUAUUUGGGGUUCUUCAGCUAAAAUCUAUCUCUUAGCAGGGUCUAUGGUACAAGUGUAUGAACAGGUGCGGGCCAAAUUCACAGUUGAUGAUUAUAGUCACUAUUUGUUUACUCCGUGCAUCCUUACCCAGUGGGUUCUUGGCUUAUUCAGAUACGAUUUAGAAGGAGGGUCCUCAAACCACCCAGUAGACUAUGUGUUAGAAAUCGUUGCGUAUGAAGCACGGCGCCUAUUUCGUGACAAGAUUGUUGGUGCAAAGGAGCUUCAUUUAUUUGACAGCAUUUUAACAUCGGUGUUUCAGGGAGAUUGGGGCUCAGAUAUAUUAGAUAAUAUGGCAGACAGUUUCUAUGUUACGUGGGGAGCCAGACACAGUUCAGAAGCAAGGGCAGCCCCUGUGCAGAUGCUGCCUCCACAUGGAAAACCACUUGGGAAACUGAGUUCUGCAGACCUCAAAGAUGUUAUUAAGAAGGGCCUUAUUCAUUAUGGACGAGAUAACCAGACCUUAGAUAUUUUACUUUUCCAAGAAGUCCUGGAGUAUGUGUCCAGGGUGGACAGAGUGCUGAGCUUCCCUGGGGGCUCCCUGCUGCUGGCGGGGCGCAGUGGGGUGGGCCGCCGCACCGUCACCGCCUUAGUCAGCCACAUGCACGGGGCCGUGCUGUUUUCUCCGAAAGUCUCCAGAGGGUAUGAGCUGAAGCAGUUCAAAAAUGAUCUCAAACAUGUGCUGCAUCUUGCAGGUGUUGAAGCUCAGCAGGUAGUCUUCCUUCUUGAGGAUCACCAGUUUAUCCAUCCGACCUUUCUGGAGAUGAUCAACAGUCUUUUGUCUUCAGGUGAAGUUCCUGGACUUUAUACCCUUGAAGAAUUAGAGCCUUUAUUGUUGCCUCUUAAAGAUCAGGCCUCACAGGAUGGUUUUUUUGGACCAGUCUUCAAUUACUUCACAUACAGAAUUCAGCAAAACUUGCAUAUUGUCUUGAUAAUGGAUUCUACGAAUUUAAACUUCAUAGUAAACUGUGAGAGUAACCCAGCUUUGCAUAAGAAAUGCCAGGUGUUGUGGAUGGAGGACUGGUCAGACAGCAGUAUGAGGAGAAUACCUGAAAUGUUACUCAGUGAAACAGAUGGUGAAGAAAAAUAUGGGGACAAAAAAAGGAAAGAAGAAAAGAAAAAGACCUCAGUUGAUCCCGAUUUUCUAAAGUCAUUUUUAUUAAUCCAUGAAUCUUGUAAAGCAUAUGGUGCUACACCAAGCCGAUAUAUGACUUUUUUACGUGUGUAUUCUGCCAUUAGCAGCAGCAAGAAAAAGCAAUUAUUAAAAAGACAAAGUCAUUUGCAGGCUGGUGUGUCUAAACUGAAUGAAGCUAAAGCUCUUGUGGAUGAACUGAACAGAAAAGCCGGAGAGCAAAGUGUGUUACUGAAGACAAAGCAAGACGAAGCAGACAGUGCUCUGCAGGAGAUCACAGUGUCGAUGCAGGAUGCUAGUGAGCAAAAGACAGAACUUGAAAGACUGAAGCACAAAAUAGCAGAAGAAGUUGUUAAAAUUGAAGAAAGAAAAAACAAAAUUGAUGAUGAAUUAAAAGAAGUACAGCCCCUAGUCAAUGAAGCUAAACUAGCAGUUGGAAACAUCAAGCCAGAAUCUCUUUCGGAAAUUCGCUCCCUGCGCAUGCCACCUGAUGUCAUCAGAGACAUUCUUGAGGGCGUUUUAAGGCUGAUGGGUAUCUUCGAUACAUCUUGGGUGAGCAUGAAAAGUUUCCUUGCAAAAAGAGGUGUGAGAGAAGACAUCGCAACUUUCGAUGCACGAAAUAUUCCAAGGGAAAUAAGAGAGAGUGUUGAAGAACUUCUUCAUAAAAAUAAAGGAUCUUUUGAUUCAAAGAACGCUAAGCGUGCCAGCACUGCAGCGGCACCUUUGGCCGCGUGGGUUAAAGCAAACGUCCAGUAUUCCCACGUCUUGGAGCGGAUUCAGCCUCUGGAAGCCGAACAAGCAGGAUUAGAAUUAAAUUUGAAGAAAACUGAAGACAGAAAAAGGAAACUAGAGGAACUUCUAAAUUCUGUUGGCCAGAAAGUAUCAGAACUCAAAGAGAAAUUUCAGAGCAGGACUUCAGAGGCCACCAAGCUGGAAGCCGAAGUGAGCAGAGCGCAGGAAACCAUUAAAGCCGCAGAAGCGCUGAUCAAUCAGCUUGACCACGAGCACAAAAGAUGGAACGCGCAGGUUGCAGAGAUAACAGAGGAAUUAGCUACUCUCCCUAAGAGAGCUCAGCUAGCUGCUGCAUUUAUUACGUAUCUUUCUGCUGCUCCUGAGGGCCUGAGAAAAACCUGUUUGGAAGAAUGGACCAAGUCAGCUUGUCUUGAAAAAUUUGAUCUAAGGAGAUUUCUUUGUACUGAAAGUGAGCAGCUAAUUUGGAAAAGUGAAGGCCUACCGUCAGAUGACCUUUCCAUAGAAAACGCUCUUGUUAUCUUACAGAUCAUUGGUUUAAAAUCAUGGAGUCGAGUAUGCCCAUUCCUUAUAGACCCUUCUUCUCAAGCUACAGAAUGGUUAAAGACACAUUUGAAAGACUCACGAUUGGAAGUAAUUAACCAGCAGGAUAGUAACUUCAUCACCACGCUUGAGCUGGCAGUGCGGUUUGGCAAAACCCUUAUCAUACAGGAGAUGGAUGGUAUAGAACCUGUUCUCUAUCCGUUACUGAGACGAGAUCUGGUCGCUCAAGGGCCGCGUUAUGUGGUACAAAUAGGUGACAAAAUUAUUGACUACAAUGAAGAAUUCCGCCUUUUUUUGUCAACAAGAAACCCCAACCCCUUCCUCCCGCCGGAUGCAGCCUCCAUCGUCACGGAGGUUAACUUCACUACCACGAGAAGUGGGUUACGAGGACAGCUUUUGGCUUUAACUAUUCAGCAUGAGAAACCUGACUUAGAGGAACAGAAAACAAAACUGUUGCAACAGGAAGAAGAUAAGAAAAUACAGUUAGCCAAGCUUGAGGAAUCUCUUUUAGAGACACUUGCCACAUCUCAAGGGAAUAUUUUGGAAAAUAAAGAUUUGAUUGAAUCUCUGAAUCAGACGAAAGCAAGCAGUGCACUUAUUCAAGAGUCACUUAAAGAAUCUUACAGACUCCAGAUUUCUCUUGAUCAAGAGCGGGACGCUUACCUUCCCCUGGCUGAAAGUGCCAGCAAGAUGUACUUCCUCAUCUCCGACUUGUCCAAAAUUAACAACAUGUACCGUUUUAGCUUGGCUGCGUUUCUCCGACUUUUCCAGCGAGCUCUGGAAAACAAGCAGGAUUCUGAAAACACAGAACAGAGAAUCCAAUCUCUUAUCAGCUCAUUAAAGCAUAUGGUCUAUGAAUAUAUAUGCCGUUGUCUAUUUAAGGCUGACCAGUUGAUGUUCGCACUGCACUUUGUUCGGGGCAUGCAUCCUGAACUUUUUCAAGAAAAUGAGUGGGAUACGUUUACAGGUGUGGUUGUUGGAGACAUGUUGCGGAAAGCUGACUCUCAGCAGCGGAUCCGCGAGCAGCUCCCUUCGUGGAUAGACCAGGAGAGGAGCUGGGCCGUGGCCACACUCAAGAUUGCUCUCCCCAGUCUUUAUCAGACCCUCUGCUUUGAUGAUGGAGCGCUGUGGCGUACUUACUAUCAUACUUCAAUGUGUGAGCAAGAGUUCCCAUCUAUUAUUGCAAAGAAAGUUUCCUUAUUCCAGCAGGUUCUUGUGGUGCAGGCUCUCAGGCCGGACAGACUGCAGAGUGCCAUGGCUCAGUUUGCAUGCAGAGCCCUGGGACUGAAAGAGCUGUCCCCGCUCCCUCUAAAUCUCAAACGUCUCUACAAAGAGACACUGGAGAUUGAGCCCAUCUUGAUAAUCAUUUCUCCGGGCGCCGAUCCUUCUCAGGAGCUUCAGGAGCUUGCUAAUGCUGAACGUGGUGGAGAGUGCUACCACCAGGUUGCUAUGGGUCAAGGUCAAGCUGAUUUAGCAAUUCAGAUGCUGAAGGAGUGUGCCCGCAGCGGGGACUGGCUGUGCUUGAAGAACUUACAUCUCGUGGUGUCUUGGCUGCCAGUUCUGGAAAAGGAAUUGAAUACUCUUCAACCUAAAGAUACCUUUCGUCUGUGGCUCACUGCAGAAGUUCAUCCCCACUUUACUCCUAUUUUAUUACAGUCAAGUUUGAAGAUAACAUAUGAGUCACCUCCAGGUUUGAAGAAGAAUUUAAUGCGUACUUACGAAUCUUGGACUCCUGAGCAAAUCAGCAAAAAAGACAACAUCCAUCGAGCUCACGCUCUCUUCAGUCUCGCGUGGUUUCAUGCUGCAUGUCAGGAAAGGAGAAAUUACAUUCCACAGGGCUGGACCAAGUUUUAUGAGUUUUCUUUAUCUGAUCUUCGGGCUGGGUACAGCAUUAUUGACCGGCUCUUUGACGGUACCAAGGACAUGCAGUGGGAAUUUUUACACGGUUUACUUGAAAAUGCUAUUUAUGGCGGACGCAUAGAUAACUAUUUUGACCUUAGAGUUCUUCAGUCAUACCUGAAACAGUUUUUUAAUUCUUCAGUAACUGAUGUUUUAAACCAAAGGAACAAGAAAAGCGUUUUUCCAAAUUCCAUCUGUCUCCCCAAAUCCUGCAGCAUUUUGGACUACCGGGCUCUCAUCGAAAAGCUUCCAGAGGACGACAAGCCUAGUUUCUUCGGUCUUCCCGCCAACAGUGCUCGCUCGGCGCAGCGCAUGAUCAGUUCUCAGGUUAUUUCACAGUUGAGGAUCUUGGGCAGAUCAGUAACAGCUGGUUGCAAGUUUGAUAGAGAAAUCUGGUCUAAUGAACUGUCCCCUGUCCUCAAUCUCUGGAAGAAACUAAACCAGAACUCAAACCUGAUCCAUCAGAAGGUGUCUCCGCCUAAGGAUCGACAAGGGUCUCCAGUACUGUCCUUUAUCGUCCUGGAGCAGUUCAAUGCUGUCCGCUUGGUGCAGAGUGUCCACCAGUCUCUUGCCGCUCUCAGCAAAGUCAUCAGAGGGACUACCUUACUGAGUGCAGAAGUACAGAAACUCGCGAGUGCUUUACUAAACCAAAAGUGUCCUGUGGCGUGGCAGAGCCGGUGGGAAGGCCCGGAAGACCCCCUGCAGUACCUGAGAGGCCUCGUGACUCGUGCCCUCGCGAUCCAGAACUGGGUAGAGAGAGCUGAGAAGCAGGCUCUUCUCUCAGAGACACUUGACCUGUCAGAACUCUUCCACCCAGACACGUUUCUCAACGCUCUUCGCCAGGAAACUGCCCGUGCGAUGGGCUGUUCUGUUGAUAGCCUAAAAUUCGUAGCUUCCUGGAAAGGCCGACUGCCAGAAGCAAAGCUGCAAAUUAAGAUGGGCGGCCUGCUGCUGGAAGGCUGCAGCUUCGAUGGGAGCCGGCUGUCCGAGAACCAGCACGACUCGCCCAGCGUGUCGCCCGUCCCCACCUGCUGUGUGGGCUGGAUCUGCCAGGGUGCAUACGGCCCAUAUUCCCCUGAGGAGUGCAUAUCUCUGCCUGUUUACACGAGCGCCGAGAGGGACCGUGUGGUGACCAACAUUGACGUUCCGUGCGGGGGCAGCCCGGAUCAGUGGGUUCAGUGUGGAGCGGCUCUGUUUCUGAAAAAUCAGUAGAGUCUAAUGAUGAUAAAAGCUGUAUUAGCAAAAGAGAAACAUUUGCUACUUUAAACUUUAAAUAAAUGUGAUCAGUCUGCAUUUAAAAUGUUCAAAAAAUUAUCGCAUAGCUGCAUACCUUAUGUUAUUGAGCUCACUGGGUUGUUUAGUGGGUCAGGACAGACAAUGCAACUUUACAAUAAUAAUUUGAUGGAGUUCAUGUUAAAUGUAGUAUUCCCUUUAUAACAGUAAAUUUUUUUUUUGAGGCAGUUCAGGUUUCCAAUGGCUGAAAAUAUUAAUGUAUGUAAGAGGUUGAGAGUGGUGUAUUUAAGGAAUCAGUAAUGAAUAUUUUGGCUGUUUUUUGUCUCCUAAUUUGUAUUAAUAAAAUAUAAAACCAUU